GCUGCGCGUGGCGCCGCCGCAGCGGCGGCCUCACCCCGUCCCGUCCCGUCCCGUCCCCCCGCCGCCUCAGCCGGGCCCGCCCCUCUCCCAGUCUCCUCCGCGGCUCCCCCCCUUCCCGAGCCAGGCGGAGCUGGAGCUGGGAGCGACGUCGUUCCUUGCCGCCGCCGCCGCCUCUCCCCGGUGACCGAGGGCACCGGCGCUGCCCGGCGGAACCCCUUCUCCGGCCGACGCCUCAUCCCCGCCGUCGCCUCUGCUGGAGCCGGCACUGCUCGCGAAGCAGCCAUGAGCUGGGGCACGGAGCUGUGGGAUCAGUUUGAUAACUUGGACAAGCAUACACAGUGGGGCAUUGACUUCUUGGAGAAAUAUGCAAAAUUCGUAAAAGAAAGGAUAGAAAUUGAGCAAAACUAUGCAAAACAACUGAGAAAUCUGGUUAAGAAGUACUGUCCUAAACGUUCACCCAAAGAUGAGGAACCCAGGUUUACUUCGUGUAUUGCCUUUUUUAACAUCCUUAAUGAGUUGAAUGACUAUGCAGGACAACGAGAAGUAGUUGCAGAAGAAAUGGGACACAGAGUGUACGGAGAAUUGAUGAGAUAUUCUCAUGAUCUAAAAACUGAGAGAAAAAUGCAUCUUCAGGAAGGGCGAAAGGCUCAACAGUAUCUGGACAUGUGCUGGAAACAGAUGGAUAAUAGCAAAAAGAAAUUUGAGAGAGAAUGCAGAGAGGCAGAGAAGGCACAGCAAAGCUAUGAAAGACUGGACAAUGACACUAAUGCGACAAAGGCUGAUGUUGAGAAGGCUAAGCAACAGUUAAACCUGCGCACACAUAUGGCUGAUGAAAACAAAAAUGAAUAUGCUGCACAACUACAGAAUUUUAAUGGGGAACAGCACAAACACUACUACAUUGUCAUUCCUCAGAUUUAUAAGCAACUUCAAGAAAUGGAUGAAAGAAGGACUAUCAAACUUAGCGAAUGUUAUAAAGGCUUUGCUGACUCUGAGCGCAAGGUUAUUCCGAUUAUCUCUAAGUGUUUAGAAGGGAUGAUCCUUGCAGCAAAAUCAGUUGAUGAACAUAGAGACUCUCAGCUAGUGAUAGACUGCUUCAAAUCCGGUUUUGAACCUCCUGGAGAUUUUCCAUUUGAAGAUUACAGUCAGAAUAUUUACAGAACUAUCUCCGAUGGAACCAUCAGUACACCAAAGCAGGAAGGAAUGAGAAUUGACUCAAAAACUACAGUGGGCAAGGCUAAAGGAAAGCUGUGGCUAUUUGGAAAGAAGCCAAAGCCACAAUCCCCACCCCUAACCCCUACUAGUUUAUAUACAACCAGUACUCCUAAUGGGUCCCAGUAUCCCAUAUUCUCCAUUGAACCAGUGCAUUAUUGCAUGAGUGACAUAAAAACAGGGAAGCCCAGAAUUCCUUCUUUCAGAAGCCUCAAAAGAGGGUGGUCGGUGAAGAUGGGCCCUGCACUAGAAGACUUCAGCCAUCUCCCUCCAGAACAAAGACGCAAGAAACUGCAACAGAGAAUCGAUGAACUUAACAGAGAACUACAGAAGGAAACAGACCAAAAAGAUGCCCUCAUCAAGAUGAAGGAUGUUUAUGAAAAAAAUCCCCAGAUGGGUGAUCCAGGCAGUUUGCAACCAAAAUUAACUGAGACGAUGAGCAACAUGGACCGUCUUCGGAUGGAAAUACACAAGAAUGAGGCCUGGCUCUCUGAAGUUGAAGGUAAAGUAGCAGCCAGAAGUGACAGGCGGCACAGCAGUGAUAUCAACCACCUUGUAACACAGGGCAGAGAGAGCCCUGAAGGGAGUUACACGGAUGAUGCAAAUCAGGAAGUUCGAGGCCCACCGCAGCAACAUGCACAUCCGAAUGAAUUUGAUGAUGAGUUUGAAGAUGAUGAUCCAUUACCUGCUAUAGGACAUUGCAAGGCCAUAUAUCCAUUUGAUGGUCAUAAUGAAGGCACUCUAGCAAUGAAAGAGGGGGAAAUUUUGUACAUUAUUGAGGAGGACAAAGGCGAUGGGUGGACAAGAGCUCGAAGACAUAAUGGAGAGGAAGGCUAUGUGCCAACAUCAUAUAUAGAUGUAACGCUAGAGAAAAACAGCAAAGGUGCAGUAACCUAUAUCUAACAGUAAACUGGCAGCUUUCAGUUGUGCAUUCCCCAGGGAGAAUAGUAGAAAAAUAGUAAGUUGCACAGGUUGAUGGAAAGCAUUAGAAUAUCAGAAGUCGUUUGCAGUGUGAGUUUGCUACAGUUUUUUUCAGAGGUGACCACAUUAAAUUACGCAUCUUACAUGGGUCUGUAAUUUUGACCAAUGUCUUCUGCUUUAACUGAUCAUAGUGUUCCUGCUUUACAAAGCACUAAAUCCACUUCAGCUAUUAAACUGAAAAAGACCAGGAUUCCUGCUUGUUCUACACAAUACUUUGUUUUUAUAGAGAACUGAAAUAUUAUGUAGGUUUUAAAGAUCUCUUAAGAUUUACUGUUCCCAGUUUUAUGACUUAAACUAUAUGCUUAAACAGAGGUUUUUUCCUCUAAUAGCUAACUGAACUCACUUACUAAAAAUUAUUAAUUUCCUUCCUUAGCAAAUACUUGGCAGCUUUCACUUCUUAAACAGGAAAAUGUUUUCUGAUUCUGAAAGCUCAACAAAAAUACUCAGGAAAAAACAUUAUGAUUAAGAAGGACAGAAAGUCCACUGACCUGCCUCUCUCCUUCCUUUUCAGUACUUGUAAUGUAGAAUAUUGUGUAUUGGACACAACAUCAUUGUUUUAACUCUAGAUACCUUGAACAACAAAAAAAAAAAGAGACCACAUGUAAUGCUUGAUGUCUCACUGAAACCUCUCUCCGCUCCUGAAAAGGGAAUGAUUUUAUAUUCUUAAUCUGUGCCUGUAAGCUAAGUCUUUGAAUUGCAUGAUGUUUAGUGUGAAAUCAAGGUCUUAAAUGUGCAGUAAUUCCCCUCACUGUUAAAUCACUGAGGAUUGGAAACUGCAUUGCACUACUUGAUUACUAGGCAGGGGAGGGGGGGGGUGGAAGCUAAUCUAAAAGCUGUGGCUUGUAUUUCUAAUGAGACUUUGUGGAAUUAAGUAUAAGGCUAAUGCAUAGCCACUGAGAAUGGCCUGUUAGAACUGAGCACGCUUCUCUGUCUUCUAAAGGCCUUCAGUAACUUUGUUCUUUUCUUUUUCCUCUUGGACUGCAGGUUCCUGAAGCGGGUUUCUGAGAAAAUGGGCGAGAUCUUGAAGGAGGUUACAUGCAGCUGCUGGGGUGGGGGGGGGGGGGGGGGUGGGGUACUAGACUGGGAGGCCCAAGGGGAAAAGCUAGUUGCAUGAAUGCAUGCAGACAUACAUUUAGUCACUAACAUCUUAGCAUCUCCAUACAUAGGUAAGGAUGUAUUACAAAUUCUUCAAUUUGUGCAGGAAAAUAGAGUUCCACUACCAGAGUAAAAAGGCUACUGCUCCUACAGUUGCUUUAUUUUCAUUGUCCUAGGUUGUCCCAGAUGCACAAACUAUAUUUUAGCUUGUGCUAUGUUUUGGUUAUCUCAGUUAUGCUCUUUUCCAACUCAUUUUAAUUGGCAGUCAUUUAGAACCAAAUGCCAGUUACCAGUCUGCCUGUGCCACCUCCAUGCUCGCCGUUAACCUCCUCCUGCAUGCCUAGGGCAGUCAGGCAUGUCUGCAUAACACCUUGCUGUCAUUGCUUGUCUUAUUUUGUAACAAAUCAUUUUCUUUAAAUAUCUUCAGCCCUAGAGUUUCAUCCCAGUAUCCAUGUAUGCUGCUAUAACUAUACCACUGCAACCAUCAUUACAUUCCAGUUUUUGGCAUAACUGAUAAGAGACUGUAAUGUGUUUGUGUUGAUUUGGGGAAAUAAUAAUACAUCUCGGCUCUAGCCUACAAUGCAACUGAGAGAAACUCCUAGAACUGUGGUCCACCUUCAGCACUUCAGUAACCUGUUGUGAGCACUGAAAACCUGGAACACCACCAGAUUGAUUCACCGCUGCAAGCUAAUGACUGUUUUCAGAAGUCAACCACUUGCCAUUCAAAUGCUGCCUUAAACUAGAGUGCCUAAAUCUGUUGUUUGCCAACACUACCACUUACAGUAUCCCACAAAGGGCUUUGUGUCUCAGCUCUUUUCACAGUGCUGCAGCUGCUGAGGUAGCCACGGUAGGUGUUUUCUAGAGCUCUACUUUACUGGAUACGUGGUGCAUCAUGAAUUUUAUACAUUGAAACGCAUAUCUCCUCAUUUAACUUUAAUAUUUUUUUUAAAUAUUUUUACGGAAACUGUCUUUUAGUUUUCACUAUGAAGUUCCAAUUUUAAUUACUACAGUGCUAGUCCAUUUCCAGGUGAUGCUUCAUUGUAUGGACCAGUUGAAAUUUGCGUGAUACUUCGUAAUGAUCUAUGUGCACUUUUACUUGUAAACAAUUGAAAUUUGGAUAUGUUUAUACGUGUAAAUAUAGUUGUCUGCAGUGCCCCUAUAGCUUAUGUUGUCUUGCCUCCCAUUUGUGGUUCUAUUAAUAAAUACAUAAUAUCUGAUUUAUUAGGGUGAUAAGAAUUAGACUAGAGAUGUUGGGGGGAGGGAUACUUGUAUCAAAGCAAGCUUGUCAACCCAGCCACCUGCUGUUUUGGGAAAUGAAAUAAUAAUCAAAACAUCCUGUUUUUCUGGGGUCUGAAGCAAUAUUUGGAUGCAGCAGUGCUGGAUUCUUUUUAAUUUCAGUGUUAUUAGGAACUGUACUACCAGUAAAACUGAAUUUGAGUGACUUGUGUAGAGGUUUAUUCCUUUUGUUAUGUACACCACUAUUACACAGCUUGACCUAGUGUAUUAUGGGGGCUAUUAAACUCUAAAGUUUAGAUUUUUGGAGCUUGUAUACAGGGUUAUUUAUAUAAUAAUGUGACAUUACUCAAUACUGACAAAACUACUUAGGUAGUUUUUUGGGUUUGGGAGUUUGUUGGUAUUUUGGGGGUUUUGGUUUUCUUAUUUUUUAAAUUUAGUGCUUUUUUAUUUUAAAGUUAGAGAAAAGGAGGAAAUGUGAUCUGUGUAUUUUCUGCUAAAGGGCCUGUGGUUUGCCUGGCUAACAGCCUUGCAGGUCAGUAAUAACACUUCCUGGUAAAGGACUAAAUGUUCUUUUCACGCUACUGUUUGUUUUUCUAAAACCAGGAUUUGCUUCCUUUGGAGGCAGGUUGCUUUCAUGAGGGAUAGUGCAACUUGUAUGAGGGUUAUUAAACAUAGGAAAAAAACAUUUGUAGUUGCACAGCUAGUUAUAAAUCAUUCUAAAAUUCUGAACGUGAGUUGUCUUAAAGAAUCUUACAUUUUCCAGUAAUUUUUAAUCCUUUUCUGUGCACAUGUUGAUUUCCUAAAUGUUAAAUGCUUUGUUUAAAAAUAGUGUUCUCUGUUGAGAAUAUUUUCAUGGAAUAAAAAAAAUCUUUUCAUGGUCUAAGUAA